GAGUUCAUGAACAGGACUUUUGAAAUAGUCGUUCGUUUCCAAUAUGCUGGUUACCUGUAUAUCAGAAGAUAAGAAUAGUGUGAAUAUCCAGUUCGAUCAGGAUAAGGCUAUUGAAGAAAUUUGUGUUGCUUGCAACAAUGUUCAAGCUACUGUUCGAUUCCUUACAUAUGAAGAAGUAUCACAUGGACUCACAGAAACGCUGGACUUCGUUUACAAUUCCGACGUUCUAAUUGUUGAUAUGAGUGACAAGACACAACAAGGACAUUUGAAUUAUCAAUUAGGAGUUAGAGAAAGUUUAAAACUGUUCGAUAAUAUAGUAAUCGUCAAUCUUUCGAGUCAUAUUUUGCUUGAUGACCUACGCAGUAUUUUAAGUAGCAAAACGAAACUUCUUCCAUAUGUUAUUAACGAAAAUGGAUUUGCUGUCUUAGUGGAAGAUAAGUUCCUACAGAAUGCCCUCAUUGAUAAUGACAUACUCAAAAAUCAAAUAUGCGGCGAUCUUGGGCGUUUGUCUGAAGAGCUAGAGGAAAUACUUUCAGAAAUGUGCAGUGGUGACCGGGCUCCACUAAAAGAUAAAUUCAUUGAGGAUCUUCGAAGGGAUCGCGAUUUGUACAAAGGGCAAGAACUCAGAGAGCGUCUUCGAGUAAUGCGCCGUAGAUUGGAUUAUCCAGGGAUGCUUUCAUCGGAUGUUAUUCUUAAUCUGUUACUAUCAUACAGGCAGUGCGAGGAUUUCGAUGCUAUGGUCACUUUAAUAGAAGAGAUAAGAGCUUUAAAAUUAAAUCAAGAUAUUUUGAAUGUGUGCAUGAUCCAGUAUCUAUAUGCUUUUGCUUUGCAUAGACGGAAUAAAAAUGGUGAUCGAGAUGCUGCAUUAGCUGUAACUGAAGAAAUCUUGAAAACAUGUGGAAAACCUUCUGCCGAUAUGUACGGUCUGUUUGGUCGUAUUCAAAAAGAUCGUUUUAUGGAUUCUCAUGGUGAAGAUAAAGAAGCUCUAGAUUUAGCUAUUCAAGGCUACCGAGAAGGCCUGAAGAUUGAUGCAAAUGAAUAUCUAUUAGUAAAUGUUGCCACACUUUUAGUAAUUAAAGGAAUGGAUCUGGAAACAAGUGCAGAGAUGCGUAAAAUUUGUAAUACACUGAAUUUGCGUGUUGGCCAAAAAGGAAAUAUUUCCACAAUCAAUGACUAUUGGGAUGUUGCCACAUUAUUUGAGGUACGCGUAAUAAGUGAAGACUAUGCUGGUGCUGUUCAAGCUGUGGAACGAAUGUAUCUUUUAGAUCCACCUGACUGGGAAUUGGAAUCUACAUUGGGUAACAUAAAAAUGAUCUGCAAAUUUCGUAAACCACCAGAAGAGAACAAAAUUGCGAAACCACAAAAAUUAUUUGACUUUUGGAUGGAGUUUCUGUCUACUGUGUGUGAUACUGAUGAGAGCGAUUCAUUUUUAAUUUCAUCGGAUGAAACAGAAUAUGACUCAUUCAUUAGACCAUAUGAAAGUUAUACCAAACGAAUAGUAUAUCCAGUCUUAGUAACUGAACAAAAUUGUACCGUUAUGAAACCAGCUAAUAUUCAAGUGAAUAUAAAUGCUGUUCCAAGAAAUCUCCGCGUUAUCUUCUACGAUCUAGACUAUACAAUAUCUACAACCGUGCAAUCAGUCGAUUUACAAAAUUGUGGAACUAUGCGUCAACAUUUUCCACGUUUCAAUGAACAUAGUCAAGAAGAAGAUUUAAUAUUUAAUGCUGAAGAUAUUAUUGGUAUAAGCAUGACAGAAAAUAAUAGUCGCAGUGUUUAUUUAUACACUACCUGUUCUUUACCAAACUACCGCAUAUCAUUUUCCUGUGAAAAAGUUAAAAUGCAGUUUUAUACGGUCUUACGUGAUUGUCUUUUUUCAGAAGAGGAAAAUUCUGGUUUAUUACUAGACGAACAUUCUUCUGAACCAUUUAAAUGGACAUAUGAUUUGAAUGAUCGUAAUGAACGUGAAAUUCUUGGUAGAGGGAGUUUCGGCGUGGUUUAUACAGGUUGGGACCUCACAAAGCAAAUUAAAAUGGCUAUCAAAGAAAUUGAUGCAGUGAAUAUAAGGGAAUUUCAACCGCUACAUGACGAAAUUCGAUUACAUUCAAGACUUCAUCAUAAAAAUAUUGUACAGUACUUUGGAUCUGUGGAUCAUGAAGGAGUGUUUAUGAUAUUUAUGGAACUGGUUCCUGGCGCGUCAUUAACAUCACUUGUCUCAAAAUAUGGUGCUUUGAAAGAGGAAACAGUGGCAAAUUAUUCAAAACAAAUAUUGGAAGGUCUACAGUAUUUACAUGCAAAUCGAAUUAUUCACAGAGAUAUUAAAGGAGAUAAUAUUCUCGUUAAUAUGUAUAAAGGUGAACUGAAAAUAACAGAUUUUGGAGCAUCAAAAAGACUAGCAGGUUUGAUUCCACGAGCUCAAACAUUUAAAGGUACUAUGCGCUACAUGGCACCAGAACUUAUCAGGGGUUGUUGUGGAUUUCCAGCUGAUAUAUGGAGUUUUGGAUGUACUGUUGUAGAAAUGUUGACAGGAAAACAGCCGUUUAGUGAGCUUGGGAAUGCAAUGACUGCUCUAUAUCGAGUUGGUAUGGAUUUGCAACACCCCAAGAUCCCUGAUGGAGUUUCAGUAGCUUGCAAAAACUUCAUACUGAAAACAUUUAUCAUAGAACCAUCCAAUCGUGCUAGCGCUAAUGAACUGUUAUCAGAUCAAUUUAUCCUAAGUUUUACAAAAUUAAGACGACGUAAACCAGUGGGACUAACACACUCUUCAGAUAGGUUCCGGCCGUCAAAUAAAUUCUAUCAACCUAACUGUAAAUCAUCUGAAGCAGUUCUAAGAUCUUUGUCAAAUAUAUCAAAUCAGUCAACUUCUCCAGUGAUUAUAUCUGGUUCGGGCUCAUGGGGGAGUAAAAGUAAUCGUUUGCUAAAUGUAAUUCACAACAGUAAUUCAAUUUUGUCAGAAAGUGAAAAAUCUGACAAUGAUGCCUCUUCCGUAUUUUCAAAUGAAUCCUUCCAUCAGUUUAACUUAAAAAACCAAAUUAUAGAUCAAGCAGAGAAUAGAAAUACUGACGGAGAGAAACAUUCCACAGAAUCAGUAAAUCAUAUUUCAAUUUUACCUGUCAAAGUAGAAAAACUGAAAAUACCAGGUGUAUAUAUUACAAAGGAUGAAAAACGCAAAGCUCCUGUAAACAGUGCUAGUUUUGGGAAUUCAGAAGAUCCAUUCAAUUUUAUUAAACAGGACUCUGAAGCAAAACGACGUUUGUCAAAUGCAUUAAUCUCCGAGAAACAGUCAAUUGUUGAUGCAUGGAUAGACAUAGUUUGUCGGUGUACACAGUCGAAUGUUUCAAACAAAACCAAAGAUGAACUUAUAUCGGAUUUAGGUAAACGAGUAAACAACUCUGAAACUAAUCGAGAAUCGAACAAUGGAGUUGAGAAAAAACUAUUAGAGUGUCUUUUAGAUAUGAUAACUGAUAGUUUACACGGUGGAAUUUGUUGGUCUCAGCUUGUUAACUACCUUAAAAUUCCAGCAAAUAAAUGUACAACUGAAGGAUUGACUGACUCCAUCAACGGCAUAUCGGGCGAUACGAAUAAAUUCGCAGUGUUGUCAAGUUUGAAACGUUAUUCAGUGGCUGGCGAAGAUUUAGGAGGACGAUUUUUAAAAUUGCUACAUUCUUCAAAGAUAUCUGAACAGAAUAAUGCAUGUCUUCCAGUGGGAACGCCAUUAGUUUGCAAUUAUUUGCGAGUAGCUUUGGCAGCACUUCCAAGUGUUAUUGCUGCACCUUUGCUCCGUCAAGUGAAUCGUCCACAUGAAGUAUUAGCAUGGGAAAAAUUGAUCAAAGAUGCUAUCACUUCAGCAACCAAUCAAAUUAGCAAUUUAGCCCCAAUAAGUACAGUUCACUUACGUCGUCAUCAAACAUACUCAGCACAGCACAAUCGUAGACUAGUAAAACAAGUCACCACGGAAGCUGAUCUUGACUCGCCAACAUAUAUUCGUCAGUCGACUCCUUCGAAUAGACCAUUUACCAUGGUCUCUAUGUCACCUAGCCUCUAUUAUACACCAAAUGAUUCAGUUGUGGAUGAAACAAAGAAGGUUACAAACAGUUUAUCUUUAUCACAGAAAUCAUUAACCUUUUCAAACGAAGCAAUUCCUGAAGAACCAAUGGAAAUUAUCCAGUGUGCACGGAAAUUCGCAGGUGUUCAAUCAAGUGCUCCUUUGUGUCAUGUUAAAUCAAGGACUAGCAAAACACUAGAUGAAUUGGUAAAUCACGAGAAUUCUGCUAAUGGUCUAGUAGACAAUUCAAUGUACAAUAUCCUCGGACAUAAAUGCAAGUUUCGAAUAAUAGUAUUUAUUAUUAUAUUUGUGCUUUUAUGUAGAUUUUAGCCUAACACUAACUUCUAAAAAAUACUAUAAAUGUCAUCAUCAAGCUUCAAUAAAUAUGGUUUAUUGAAAAUUUCUUGGUAGAUACUUAUAAGUAGAGUUAGUUUACAAUAAGUUUUAAACUAUUAUGGUACACAAAUUUUACAUCAAACUAUCAAUACUUCUUCACAGUAUAUGCGUAUUUACAAACGUAAUAAUUAUAGAACUUGAGGAGUGUAUUUUGACCCACUGAAUACAGAUGGUUUCUAUUGAAUGCAGUCGACGCAUAACCAGACCCCACUUUUAUUAAUUCUUAAUCUAAUUUCAACCAAAUUUAUCAUCAAAUUAUUCCUUAUGAUGCUUCAAAACAAAAUUAUGAUCAGACAUCGUUAUACAUAAUUAUUAAACGAGUGCUCAGUGGCAGAGUUAGAAAUAUGAGUAUAUUUUGCAACAGAAAAUCUCUUCGCUGAGAUACACAAGUUUUGAAUUUCUUGAUCCACGCAACUGACUACUCUCAUUCAAUAAUGAAAAAUACACUUUCUGUAAUCCAUAUAAUUCCAUGAGGUUAUUCUGAAAUUCUAACUAAAGCAAAGCUGAGUUAUGAGACGAUUCAAUUCAGAAACGGACUAUCUCCAACCAUCCCCACAAAAAUGAUCAAAUAAUAUGAUUUAAAACCGCUAUGUAAUGCAACAUGACAAAGAAAUAUGUAAUAUAUAUUUGAAUCGUUAAGCACUGGACAAAUCCACAUUCCAACGUGAAAUAUAGAUACCAAAUGAAAGUUUCUGAACAUUUUAAUAGUCCGAAUACAAAUGAACCGAGCAUCUGUUUGUCAAUGCACCCAUUUUGAUAGAUGAAUUUUGGCAUAGAAUUUUGGUUAGUUACAUUGAUUUACUAGUAAAGAGACGAGUUAUUAUUUCAUAAGGACCUUUAUUUCUGAAAUAAACCAUUCUUUAGUUGACCGAAUAAACAUUUGACUCUUCUUAAUAAUGGAACAUUACCAAUUUUCAAAUAUAAAUCACAGAUUUGAAAACUGGAUUCAGUACACUAGACGAUUGGUUUAAAGACCUCCGGAUACCCGAUGAAGACCGUGCUAAAGUUAGUAACUUAUUGAUACUUAUCCUAGUCUAAUUCACAUUUCCCCCAAAGAUAUUAAUUUCAUUCUUUUAGCACAGACUUUUGAUGAGUAUCCUCCAAUGUUUAAUAUGGAAAUGUUUUAUUCGUCAGCAGAAAUAAACAAACACUCAUGGAGUGACUGACUAUAACGCCGUCUGCAUCGCAGUUUAACUUUAUCUGAGAUAGGACAGAAAUGUCUGGCAUUUUCAAUCAAUCAUUUUUUUCGAUUGAAAAAGUUCUUAUAGAUAAACCUGACAAUUGAAAGAUCCUCAGGAAAUGUAGGGAUUUACGGAGCGUUUAAUGCACGUAAGCACAAAAACCUAGUUUAAGAAUAUAAAGCGAAGUUAUUGAGUCCGUUUAUGAAUUGUAUGAUCCCAACGAAGUGGUUAAUCACGAUCUUUUGUCACGUACAUGAAAAGGUAGUUUGUUAUUUAUCAACAAACUAACAACGGUAAAUAGAACCCAAGACUACAAACGGACAUGAUCUCCAAAGAUCAGACUGGGAAGUCAGAUCUUAAGUGACUAGAAAAUGAGUGACCUACAAGUUAGUUUCUUUCAACCAUUUCAUAGUUUAUUAUAUUUUUUAUACAAACACAUCAUUUUAUUACUUGGAAAAUCUAUUCAAUUGACUGGUAAUAGUCUUUUUUCAUAUUUCUAAUCGUUCAAAAACUUAAGUCAAUAAAUAAUACGGUUUCGUGAGUCACCAUCAAUCAGUCACAUUAUAUCAUAUCCUAUCCAUCGAUCGAUUGGCGUCCUAUUCAUUGAUUUUGAUAAUUGAAAAUCUCGCCCCAGCAAAUCACAAAAGUACAACUUUAAUAAAACCUCCGACUUGACCUCCCUCCGUGAAACAAUCAUUGGAAGUAUGUCAAGUAUCUAAAAUACUUAACCACUAAUAUCGGUGUAGUUUACUUUCAGCCGCUAAAUAGGUAUGAAUUCUAAUCAUAAAACAGUGGCGUUAAAAAUUUUGAAGACAAAGAACAUUGGCAUUUUCAGCCAAUAAAAUGUAAUUGCAAAUCCCAGAUGAAGUAGAAGCAAAAGUAUCCUAUAACUUCACUGUAAUUCUAACAAAAAAUGUGUUUCCAAUAAAUAACGAAAUCACUAACAUUUAUUGUAACAUAAAUAAAAUAAUUAAAUCUUUUUCAGCUUCGUCGAAAUCACAUUGUUGAUGAAGAAGACUUCUUAGAUGCUAUAACGAAAGAAGACUUGUGGAAAAUGAAUUUAAGUGGUGGGACAGUGCUUCGCCUUUGGAGAAACAUACAGAAAAUCCGUUCAAUGGAAUAAUGCCUUCAUGAAAAAUUUCAUGAACUCUGGUUACAAUUUUUCUACAGAGCCUAUAUUUUUACAAAGAAAUUUUAUCUCACACCUUGAUACCAAAACCUGAAAUGUGCCUUUAUUUUAUAGUAGUAUUUUAAAACCCAUAAUGCUCAAAUAUCAAAAAAAGUUACACCGGAUGCAGCUUAAAAUACUGUUUUGAUUUUUAAUAAAUGUCUUAUCAUUGGUAAACUAUGAAAACAUAAUAGAAAGUCUCCCAUC